AUGAAAGUGGCGCCGGGAAGCGACUGGACGUUGGGCUAAGGGGGCAGCGCGUUGGCGGCGGCGGCGGCGGCGGCAGCAGCAGCUCUCGGAGCAGCAGCUCUCUCCCCUGGUGGCGGCGAGGAGCGUUUGGGACCCGCCGCCCUCCCCUCUCGCGUGCGGGGCGGGGAGGCUGCUCGGGGCGAAGGGUCCGACGGGGGAUCAGCUCCGGGCCCCGGGGGUGCAGCGGCCCCGGCCGCCCUGCCGCCGUGUCCGGGGCCAUGGCGCACAACAAGAUCCCGCCGCGGUGGCUGCACUGCCCGCGCCGAGGCCAGCCCGUGGCAGGGAAAUUCUUACCUCUGAAGACUAUGUUAGGACCAAGAUAUGAUAGCCAAGUUGCCGAAGAGAAUCGGUUCCAUCCUAGUAUGCUCUCCAACUAUCUGAAGAGCCUAAAGGUUAAAAUGGGUCUUUUAGUAGAUUUGACAAAUACUACAAGAUUUUAUGACAGAAAUGACAUUGAAAAAGAAGGGAUCAAAUAUAUAAAGCUUCAGUGUAAAGGCCAUGGGGAAUGCCCUACAGCUGAGAACACAGAUACUUUCAUUCGUCUAUGUGAACGUUUUAAUGAGAAGAAUCCUCCUGAACUUAUAGGUGUUCACUGUACUCAUGGUUUCAAUAGAACUGGUUUCCUCAUAUGUGCCUUCUUGGUUGAGAAGAUGGAUUGGAGUAUUGAAGCAGCAGUUGCUACCUUUGCUCAGGCCAGACCACCAGGAAUCUAUAAGGGUGAUUAUUUGAAAGAACUUUUUCGACGUUAUGGGGAUGUAGAAGAAGCACCUCCCCCACCUUUAUUGCCAGAGUGGUGUUUUGAGGAAGAAGAAGAGGAAGAUGAGGAAGAGGAUGGAAAAAAGGAAUCAGAACCUGGAUCAAGUACUUCCUUUGUUAAAAGGAGAAAAGAACGCUUAAAAUUGGGUGCCAUUUUCUUGGAAGGUGUGACAGUUAAAGGUGUAACCCAAGUAACAACUCAACCAAAGUUAGGAGAGAUACAGCAAAAGUGUCAUCAUUUCUGUGGCUGGGAAGGGUCUGGAUUCCCUGGAGCACAGCCUGUUUCCAUGGACAAGCAGAAUAUUAAAUUGAUAGAGCAGAAUCCAUAUAAAGUAAGCUGGAAAGCAGAUGGUACUAGGUAUAUGAUGUUGAUUGAUGGCACAAAUGAAGUUUUUAUGAUAGAUAGAGAUAAUUCAGUCUUUCAUGUGUCAAAUUUGGAAUUCCCCUUCCGUAAAGAUCUUCGCAUUCAUUUGUCUAAUACACUUUUGGAUGGGGAAAUGAUUGUUGACAAAGUAAAUGGACAGGUCGUUCCUCGGUAUUUGAUAUAUGACAUAAUUAAAUUUAAUGCACAGCCAGUUGGAAAUUGUGAUUUCAACACUCGAUUGCAGUGUAUUGAAAAAGAAAUAAUAAAUCCUCGGCAUGAAAAAAUGAAGAAUGGACUCAUUGACAAAACACAAGAACCAUUCAGUGUUAGGCAUAAGCCAUUUUUUGACAUCUCUACUUCAAGAAAGCUUCUUGAAGGAAGUUUUGCUAGAGAAGUCAGUCAUGAAGUAGAUGGACUUAUUUUUCAGCCUAUAGGGAAAUACAAACCUGGUCGGUGUGAUGAUAUUUUGAAAUGGAAACCUCCCAGUCUGAAUUCUGUAGAUUUUCGCCUAAAAAUAACAAGAAUGGGAGGAGAAGGGCUGCUUCCCCAGAAUGUUGGCCUUCUUUAUGUUGGAGGUUAUGAAAGACCAUUUGCACAAAUUAAGGUGACAAAAGAACUAAAACAAUAUGACAAUAAAAUUAUAGAAUGCAAAUUUGAGAACAACAGCUGGGUCUUCAUGAGACAAAGAACAGACAAAAGCUUUCCAAAUGCUUAUAACACUGCCAUGGCUGUAUGUAACAGCAUCUCAAAUCCAGUCACCAAGGAAAUCCUCUUUGAGUUCAUUGACAGAUGUAUGACAGCCUCUCAAGGACAAAUGCGCAAGCAUCAUCUGGACCCAGACACAGAACUCAUGCCUCCUCCACCUCCUAAAAAGCCACGUCCUGGGAUCUAAUUUCAGAAUUUAGAAAGAAUAAGUGGAAAAAAACAAACAAACCUGAUAUUGCUUUACAGUUUUGUAGCCAGAGAAACUAAAAAAAAAAUCGUGAACUAUACAUUUCAGAGGAAAGAGAAAGAAAUAACAACAAAAAUCAGUAUUGUAGCUAUCCUGUAAAUAUUUGAUGCAUUUUCUCCAGUGCUACAGUACAUCAUGGACUUGAACAUUUUCUUUUUACUUGAUAAACACAAGCUUACCUUGUAAAAUCUGAAGUUUGAAAUAUCCAAAGGUUUAGAAAAAAUUAGAAUCAGUGGAACGAGGCCUUGUUUAUAUAUGGAUAUCUUUCACCUUUAAUUUAUAAUGUUACUAAUCUGGAACUGUGAGUACAGGAAACACUGAAUUUUUAGGGACUAUCUUUCGAAAGUAGUUAAGUUACAAAUUUUUUCCUUUUCUAAGCGGUAGAGUUAGAUUUGUUUAUCAUAGAUUUCCUACAUUUUAGAGACUGGUGUGUUUAAAAAAAUAAUAGGAUUGUUUGAGUAUGAUACUAGUAAAAUGAGUUUUUCUCAUUUUAAUGAUAUCUUUUUGUGGGAAGAAUAUAUUAAAAACAAAAAUGAAAACUUUAUUGUUGUAAUUACCAUCCUUUUUAAAGGAAAUCUAUUAGGUAUUUUUAUCUGCUUCUGUUAUUUGAACUCUCAUAUCUUAUGUAUAGAAUGCCAGUUUUAGUUUUGCUUUUCUAAGUUUCCUCAUAGAAAGGGUGCACACAUUAAAUCACUGUAUGUAACUCUCUCAUAAGAGACUAUUUCUAAUGAAAGGACUAUUUCAGCUUAAUCUUCCACAGUGAUGACAAUGCAUUGUACAUGACAUUAAAACACAACUCACUGUGAUAUGCAAGAGUGAUAACCAAUACAAAUUAUCUUGUGUUAAUUC